AUGGCGAAAACGGGGAUUACCACAGUUGGUGCAGUUGGUAGCGAUACAAGUGAUCCAGCUCCAACCCCAAACGAUGACAACAAAACCUAUGGUGUGGCUACCGACGACAUCAGUAUAGGCGAUGCCCAAUACCAGACUACCGAUGCCCGUCGUCAGGUCGGCCUCACCUCCGCCAUCUUCCUCAUCUUUAACCGAAUGGUGGGCACGGGAAUCUUCGCAACCCCCAGUGCGAUUCUCUCGCUAUCCGGAUCAGUGGGACUGGCGUUAUUCAUCUGGGUUGUGGGCAUGUUGAUUGCAGCCGCCGGGUUAAUGACUUACAUGGAAUUCGGAACUGGUCUUCCACGGAACGGCGGCGAGAAAAACUAUCUCGAGUACGUGUAUCGCAAGCCGAAAUUCCUCGUUACUGGCGUCUAUACCGGCUAUGUUCUGCUUCUUGGAUGGGCUGGGUCAAAUUCGGUUAUCUUUGGAGAGUACAUCCUAAGUGCUGCCAAUGUUGAGGUCAAUAGGUGGAAUCAGCGCGGAGUGGGCUUGGCUUGCAUUACGAGCGCUUUCUUAAUCCACGGACUUGCUCUCAACUGGGGCUUGAGGCUGCAGAACUUCUUGGGGAUAAUCAAGUUGCUCAUCUUGUUGCUUAUUGUUUUCUCCGGCUUCGCUGCUCUUGGUGGUCACAUCAAGAUCGACGAAAAGCCAGAUAACUUUACAAAUGCGUUCGAGGGAACCACUGGUAGCGCAUAUGGAGUCGUCACGGCACUCUACAAUGUUAUAUGGAGUUACAUCGGCUAUAGCAACGCAAACUACUCCCUAUCUGAAACGAAGAAUCCUGUCCGGACACUUAAGAUUGCAGCCCCAUUGGCACUUGGCCUUGUCUCCGUUUUAUACAUGUUGGUCAACAUUGCGUACUUUGCUGCCGUCCCCAAGGAAGAAAUUAUUACUUCAGGCCGAAUUCUAGCCGCAUCAUUCUUUCGCAAUAUGUUCGGAUCACGCGCAGAGCGCGUCCUCUCUGUCUUUGUCGCUCUUUCAGCAUUCGGCAACGUACUCAGUGUGAUAUUCGCACAAGGGAGGUUGGUACAAGAGAUUGGCCGGGAAGGCAUCAUCCCAUGGUCCCGCCUUUGGGCAAGCAAUAAGCCGUUGAACGCUCCUUUCAUGGGCCUCUUCGAGCAUUGGGUGGUUUCCGUCGUUAUUAUGCUUGCACCUCCGCCUGGCGACGCAUAUAACUUUAUUCUCAAUGUUAUCUCAUACCCCCUAGCAGUAGUCAACGUCUUCGUCGCCGCUGGCCUGGUUCACCUCUACCUACACCCCUACUCCCCUCACCGCAACCCAACAGACUGGUCGCCUCCCUUCCGCGCCACUCUCCCGGUGGUCGUCUUCUUCCUCCUAUCCAACAUAUACCUCGUCGUCGCACCAUUCGUUCCACCAACCGAUGGCCAGAAUGUGUACGAAGCUCUGCCUUACUAUCUUCAUUGCGUUGUCGGGAUUGGGAUUCUUGCGGGUGGCGCGAUUUAUUGGCUUGUUUGGGCCGUACUGUUACCAAAGAUUGGGGGGUACAGGCUGAUUAGGGAGCAUACUGUGAUGGAAGAUGGGUGGACAAGGAAUAUAUUUUCGAGGGUCCCAAGAUGA